AUGUCUUCACCACUAUGGCAGCCAAUCCUACUACCGGAUUCCUCUGCUUCCACUGCAGCUGCAGCCUCGUCUCCCAGGAAAACCCGAGUCCCUUACGCAAUCGACUUCACCGCUAAACCAUCUGAUCAAGAGAUCUCAGAUUACACGCUCAUCGGAGGAAACUUACUGUAA